AUGGUCUACAAUGGCAAGCCAUCCAAAGCUUGCGUCCAUUGCAGGCGGCGGAAACUCCGGUGCGAUCUUCGAAAAGAAGCAUGUGGUCAAUGCGUGAGAGCUGGUCUUACUUGUACUGGCUACCGGGACCCGGGCCAGUUGAGGAUCCAGGAUGAGAGCGAAUCGACCAGACAAAGGGCGUUGGGAUUGAAAUCGCGAUCAAUCACGUCUCCAAUACAUGUGCCACUGGAGGAAAUGGCGCGGGCAGCAUUCUUCUCCCAUUAUGUCCACGGAUUCUCCACAACGUAUGAUGUGCUGGAACUCAUUAGUCGGCAGUCGGGCCUGGACAAGCACCUAGCGGCGAGUGUGGAUGCCGUCAGCCUAGCUUUCUUCACCUUCCAGUACGACGCCGGAUCAGCUCUGAAGCCAGCUCGGGAGAAGUACUUGUCUGCUCUUCCGCUCGUUAAAGCCGCCCUUGGCGCUCCCGAGUUCCUGGCCAGCAAUUCGACCUUGUUGGCAGUGCUCCUUCUUGACCUGUUCGAGAAGAUCACCAACCGCAGUCCCAUCUCAUCUGAGUCAUGGAUGAGUCAUGUCAGGGGUGCUUUGGUGCUUGCCAGGCUAAGAGACCCUGCGCAGCUGAACACAUACAUCGGUCUUCGGCUCUCCGUUCGACUGUUUACCAACAUGCUCAUCAGCUGUGUCGCUGCAAAUGCUCCGAUCCCACCAGCGUUGAUCAAGCUCCGCACCGAGUUACAAGCACACAUGCACCGGGAUGAUCCCAAAUGGCGGGUUUCUGGUCUCGUGAUGAAGUACGCGAAUUUUCGCGGGGCACUUCAAGGUGGGCUCUUGUCGCAUGCUGAAAUUUUGAAGAGGGCAAAGAAGUUAGAUGGAGAGUUCAGCUCACUUGCCCGAGACCUCCCGCCGUGUUGGAUUUCGCAAAGAGUGGCUCUUCGCAAACCGUCAUCCGCAGUUCUGGAGCAAUACUACGAUGUCUACCCGGAUUAUUUUACGGCACAAACGUGCAACGUCAUCCGAAUGAUGCGGAUAUUGCUGAACGAUCUGAUUCGACACACUUACUUGAAGACCGUCGCAGCUUCAGGAUAUCCCGACCCUCAGGGCCUCAACGUUGGUUUCGCCUCGCAUAUUAUCGACUCCAUGGCGAAGGAAAUUUGUGCGGCCGGACCCCAGUUUUCUGGCAUCACUGAAGCUCACAACGGACCCAGCGACGCGUCCCCAAGCCGGAGAAUGCAUUGCUAUACACUUCUAUUUCCAUUUUACGUGGCUGCACUUUCUGCGAGUCCUAAGACCGGAGUCCGAGACUGGGUCAUUCGGCGGUUGAGAGCGAUGGCUACCGAUCUAGGCAUAAAGAAUGCUGUGAGCGUGGCUGAAAUGCUAGAAAGGCGGGAGGGCACCAGCCAUUGGUCUGUCUAUGCUAUCCUGGGCAGCUAUGCGUUCGCGGCGUGA